AUGAUGCCUCUGUCUGAAAACUGUAUCCUGGUGACCGGAGCGACUGGGUUUCUAGGAAAGGUCGUAUUGGAACAUCUCGUCCGUCAGCAUCAGGCCUUGAGGGUUCGGAAGAUCAUUAUCCUAAUUCGAGAGAAAAAAGGAACAGAUAGCCAGACUCGAUUCCGAGACACUGUUUCCCCAUCACCAUGCUUCUCGCUUCUACCAUCAUCGUGGACCGAUAUCGUAGAGGUAGUCACGGGCGACUUAACUGCGGUGAACCUUGGCUUUGACCCAGUCACAUACAAACGGCUUUGCUCGGAAAUCACCCAUAUCAUCCACUGCGCAGGCUGUGUGAAGUUCCAUCUGUCCCUGGCUGAAGCUGCCGAGGCAAACAUUUCUACUGUGUUAAGCCUUCUGCAGUUUGCGCAAAAGUGCCCUCAUAUCAAACAUUUCGUCAACACGUCAACGGCAUACGUGAUUCCUCACUGUUUUGGCCCCAUUUACGAGACGCUGGCACCGCUGCCGGGAACUGCUUGGGAACUCUAUCAGGGUAUGUUGAGUGGAAGGCUGUCAACAAAAGAGGUUCUGCAUCAGUCGAGGCUUGCCAACAGUUACACCUUGUCCAAAUCCGUCGCAGAGCACCUUUUGGUUGCACGCAAGGGCCGCGUCCCGUUGACAAUUGUGCGACCUAGCAUUAUCUCCGCCAGCUGGCAUCACCCAUUCCCAGGCUGGAUUGAUAGUCUGAGCGCCUUUGCGGGUUUCCUUGCCGCCUACGGAAACGGACUUCUCCGCGUCAUAAAUGCCGCUCCUCAAACGAUUCUGGACAUUAUCCCCGUCGAUGAGGUUGCCACACGACUCAUAGGUGCAGCACUAUCUUUAGACGGUUUACCGUCCACCUCAGACGAAGGAGUCCGGAUCCUAUACGCGACAGCAUCCCUACUGAAUGGACUGCCCAUCCAACUCAUCCGCUCUCAAAUGACAUCCCACUUUGCACGGUUUAAAGCCGUAUCGUUUCGCCAACCGCACGUUCAUUAUCUGGGUCCACAUGGGAUCCGAUUCCGCAUAUAUGACUUUAUACAUCAGAGUGUCCCGUUGUGGAUGGCGACAGCACUGUCUGCUGUUCAGGGAAAAUCGAAACAAUUGUACGAGCUCAAGUCACUUCGUUACGGUUUGUCACGCCUUAAUCAUGAUUUUCAUUACUUCACCCAUCGCACGUUCAACUUUCGACCCUCAAUCCAGCUCCCAGACGAGUUCCAGCCGGAAAUCUACCUCGAGGUUGUGCUGGCGGGCGUACGUCGCCAUCUACUCCCCCGCGCGAAGGCGAAUGAGCCGGGGAAGAGCAGUGGUAGGCCAGGGUCGCUUGUUCAGAAUUUAGUCCCUCCACAUUGGGUUCAAAUUCUUGCCAUCACAGGCGUGGUGCUUAGACUGGGCAUAUAUGUAUUCUUUUAA